AUGGCUGCACGGUCCAACCAGCCUCAAGAGGCUCCUUCACUGCUGGACGUCGAAAAAGUCGAACCUGCGAGCUCAAUUGCAACUUCGAUGGAUAACGGGCCGCAUGGGCGUGAGGAACGGGCAUCCCUACCUGUCGGAAGCCACCUAUCGUUGGAUGAUGUUGAGCCAGUUGAUGUUCAACUCAGAGAUCUUACGGUCAAAGUUGACACCUCGCCGUCUAUACUUGAUCCAGCCACCUUUACUGGGUUGUUCCGUAAGAGCUCGAGUGGUCCAAGUACGAAAACAUUACUCAGCUCCAUGAAUGCUUCCCUCCUACCCGGGACUCUGACAGCAAUACUUGGGGGGAGUGGCUCCGGCAAGACGACACUGCUCAACACGAUUGCUGAGCGCAUGAACAGUGGACGGCUCUCCCAGAGUGGAUCUGCAACUUUCAAUGGGCGUGAGGGUGUGCGCACGGCUAGGCAUGCCUACGUCAUGCAACAAGACAUAUUACUGCCGACGUUGACAGUUCGUGAGACAUUAAGAUACUCCGCAGAAUUGAGACUGCCGUCGUCCGUGUCGCAUGAGGAGCGGCUACGCGUAGUUGAGGAGGUCAUUCUCGAACUAGGGCUCAAAGAGUGUGCCGACACGCGCAUAGGCAACAGUCAGCAUAGAGGAUGCUCUGGUGGGGAGAAGCGCAGAACAAGUAUUGGCGUCCAAUUACUUGCUAACCCGUCGAUCUUGUUUCUGGAUGAACCGACCACUGGCCUAGAUGCCACCAGUGCCCAUCAACUUGUCAAGACUCUGAAAUCACUCGCUCAGAAAGGCCGGACGAUCAUCACGACAAUACACCAACCCAGGUCGGAGAUAUGGGAUCUUUUCGACAAUCUAGUUAUUUUAUCUCGAGGCAAGCCUGUUUUCUCGGGCCCCUUGCGGGAAUGUAGCCCAUGGUUUUCCAACUUGGGCUUUGAGUUACCGCCUUUUGUCAACCCUGCUGAAUUCUACAUCGAUCACGCCGCUAUCGACAAUCGCACGCCAGAGCUCGAGGCGGAGUCGACACAGCGCGUGGAGGGAUUGGCGACUGCUUGGCAAGAAGAAACGCCCAAGAGAUUUGCUGCUAUUCCGUCUUCCAAAGCCGCUGAACCAGAAAAUGGGGCGAAGAAACAGCUUCACGAUCAACAUGCUGGGUUUUUCCGCCAGCUCCGUGUUUUAACAGACCGAACUCUAAAAGUCACAAUACGAGACCCGAUGGGCAUGGCAGGCUCAGUGGGUGAAGCCAUCCUUAUGGCAAUCAUCACCGGCUAUAUAUUCUACGCUCUCGCCAGAGAUCAGCCUGGUAUCAGAUCACGACAGGGAGCCCUGUACACGUCUGUUGGUCUGCAGGGAUAUCUAUACCUCAUGUUUGAGACGUACCGUCUUACCAUCGAUAUACCGACAUUUGACCGUGAACACAGCGAAGGCUGUGUCACAGCGUUGCCAUUCAUGCUAUCUCGCCGAAUUGCACGAUUGCUCACAGAGGACAUCCCCGUCCCCUUUUUGUACAGCGUUAUUUACUAUUUCAUGGUUGGCUUUGAUCGAGAUGUAGAGAAGUUUUUCACCUUCUUCUCAAUCAUCCUCUUGAAUCACUAUAUCGCAGUCACGCUGGCAAUGACUUCGGUGGCUGCGGUCAGGCAUUUCCCGGGCGCAAGCCUGAUCGGGAACCUGACCUAUACCUUGCAAAGUAUGGCUUGCGGUUACUUUGUGCAGAGUAACACCAUCCCGAUCUAUGUGCGCUGGUUGAAAUAUGUGACAUACACGUACUAUGCUUUCGGGGCGCUGUGCGGCAAUGAAUUUCAAGAUAGCUUCUAUGACUGCCCCUUGGAAGGAGGCGCUGAUAAUCCAGCAUGUGUAUCCUACACGGGUGUUUACAUAAUGGAUAACCUGGGCUUCCCCAGAAAUUGGAUUGCGAGACCCAUAUGGGCAAUGGCAGGAUUCGUUGGUCUCUUCUGCGUCACAGCUUGGAUCGGGCUGGCAUUCUUGAAUGUUGAGAUGACCAUUGCUCGAUCGAGGACAUCCGAUACCGAUCUUUCCGCCGGCAAGGAGAAGAUAAAUGCCAGAUCAAUCCAGGAAGUGCGAGCCAUAGAUGUUGGCCUUGACGACUUUGCCUUGGCUCUCGAAAAGCGAACGUCGCUGGGAAAGAAGCUACCAAUGAAGACUAUUCUCAACCCGGUCAAUGCAACCUUUCGCGCAGGGCAGCUCAAUAUUAUCAUGGGGCCAUCAGGUAGUGGGAAGACGUCUCUGCUGAAUGCGAUGGCCCAGCGCCUCAACAGUUCUGUGGGCACGCGGUACUUGCCUUCCGGAAAGUUGACCUUCAAUGGUGCCGUCCCAUCCGACUCCGUUACCAGAUCGGUGGUUUCGUAUGUCUGUCAAGAUGAUGAUGCGUUACUGCCGUCACUCACGGUUCGUGAGACUCUACGCUUCGCUGCCGGGCUGCGCUUGCCGUCAUUCCUGACCAAGGAGCAGAAAAACGAGCGAGCUGAAGAAGUCCUACUGAAAAUGGGGUUGAAGGAUUGUGCGGACAACCUGAUCCUUACAGAUCCCCGUGUCCUGCUGCUUGACGAGCCUACUUCCGGUCUGGAUGCCUUUACCGCAAACAGUAUUCUGGAGGUGUUGCACGGGCUAGCCAACGAGGGACGCACCUUAAUCCUGACCAUACAUCAAGCUAGGUCAAAUCUGUUCAGUCGCUUUGGCAAUGUCCUCUUGCUGGCACGUGGAGGUUCACCUGUGUAUGCUGGGUCGGCAACAGAUAUGAUAACGUACUUCGGCAAUGUUGGUUACGAGUGCCCUAAGCAUACGAAUCCCGCCGACUUUGCCUUGGAUCUGAUCACUAUCGAUCUUCAGGAAGAAAAUAAGGAGGUAGAGAGCCGAGAGAAGGUUAAACAGCUUGUGGAAUCGUGGAAGACACACUCCCAAACAGAUUCCGCCGCGAAGGUCCAUACCACCCAACAUCUUUCAAACGUCGGAGAGGCAGAUGGAAACGAACCCAAGACAAGCAAUACCCGAGUAGCGAGUCUGGGACCAUCUCAGGCUAAUGCUGAUACAGUAUCUGAGAAGGGCGAGGCUAGCGGCCUGCAUCAUCAGCUCGCGGAGCCACCUGUGUCGUCUGCUCGCAGGUCGUUCAAUAAGACAGCUUUGGCAACUCCGGCUGAGCUUGGAGCAAUGGUACACAGGCGAGCUACAUUCACGACUGCGUUGCCCCUGCUCCUGCAUCGAGCUACGAUAAAUAUCCGACGGCAGCCUCCAUUGAUUCUUGCACGGACGAUGCAAGUACUUGGCCUUGCACUGGUUCUUUCGCUAUUCUUUGCACCGCUUCAUAACGACUACCCUAGCAUACAGAACCGCGUGGGUUUUGUUCAAGAGGUGGGCGCAUUCUACUUCGUGGGGAUGCUGCAAAAUGUGGCAGUAUACCCUGCCGAGCGCGAGGUUUUCUACCGCGAGGAUGACGACUCUGUAUACAGCAUCGAAGCAUUCCUUGCGACGUAUACGAUACUUGAAAUACCAUUCGAGAUCAUUUCGUGUCUGAUCUUUGGAGUGCUCGCCGAUCUGGCGGUCGGGUUCCCCAGGACAGUGGAGAUGUAUUUUGUCUGCGUUUUCUGCUGCUUUGGGAUUGUCAAUUGCGGCGAGAGCCUGGGAAUCAUGUUCAACACCCUGUUCAACCACACUGGGUUCGCAGUCAACGUCAUCUCUGUUCUGCUCAGUGUCGCGCAGAUCAUGGCAGGUAUCAUGUCGAUCGACAUGCCGGAACUGUUCAAAGCAUUCAACUACCUAAGCCCGCUGAAGUAUGCGACGGCAGCCUUGGCACCUUUCAGCCUGAGAGGGGUCGAGUUCACCUGCGACGACACGCAGAAGCUGCCAAACGGUGAUUGUAUUAUUUCGACGGGUGAGCAGGUACUGGAUCUGUACAAGUUGAACGGCAACGCGGUGGUCAACAUCGGUGCCCUGGCGGCCACAAUCGUCGUCUACCGUUUGGUAGCUUGGGCAUUGCUUCGACUGUGUCAUAUCGGCGUUAAGGCCGCAGAGAACAUCGUCGAUGCGCAUGGAUACGGCGACAACCUCGGCCUCGCCCAAUUCGACCCUAGCAACAGGGCAUAG